CCAACAUUGCUGCAACUAUGUGUUGAUUCUGUGUUUGUAUGUGUCAUAUCGCACCGAUACGCAUCUGCGCAUACUUCCACAAGAAAAAAAUCCCCUCUAGUUAUCACCACAAGUACCAAUGAAGCUAUCCUUCAAUACCUUCGGAUACUGGGGGUACGGGAUAUACUACGACAUCAAGUCCCGACUCCCCUAUUAUGGAUCCGAUUUCAAGGACGCCUGGAACUACCGGGUGAUACCGUCCACCAUCUUCAUCUUUUUCACCAAUCUUUUACCCGCCAUCGCCUUUGCCCAAGACAUGUUCGACAAGACGCAGCAGCUGUAUGGGUUGAACGAGGUGUUGUUGAGCUCAGCCAUCGGUGGGGUGGUCUUUGGCCUCUUCUCGGGCCAGCCGCUUUGCAUCGUGGGAGUCACUGGCCCCAUCGCCAUCUUCAGCUACACAGUCUACGAGUUGGUCGAGCCCAGAGGAACGCCGUAUUUCCCUUUCAUGUGCUGGAUCUACCUCUGGUCCAUGGCUUUCCACCUUAUUGUUGCCGUUGCCAACCUCGUGUCUUUCUUGAAGAUCAUCAGUACGUUUUCGUGCGAUGUGUUCGGUUUCUUCAUUUGCAUCGUGUAUAUUCAAAAGGGUAUUCAGAUCCUUCUGAAGCAGUUCGAACUGGUGGACUUGGCGAGCGGCUACUGCUCGGUCAUGAUCGCCAUUUUGAUGGUGAUCUUUGGCGUAGGCAGUGGUGUUUUUGGCACUCAAAUGCACUACUUCAAGCCUUCGAUCCGGAAGGUCAUCGUGGACUACGGUGUGUGUUUGGCGGUGAUUUUCUUCACAGGAUUCAUCCACUUUGGUGGCAAGCUCGACGACACUGAGUUGGCUAAGUUGCCCAUAAACAAGCUGUUUGUGCCGACUCACCUGGGGCUGGACAGACAUGGGUGGUUCAUUCACUUCUGGCCCAACGAGCACAUCAGCACAAGCGAUGUGUUCUUGGCCAUCCCAUUUGCCAUCUUGCUUACAUUUUUGUUUUACUUCGACCACAACGUGUCAUCGUUGAUGUGCCAGCUGAAAGAAUAUCCACUUAAAAAGCCAUCUUCAUUCCACUGGGACUUUGCGCUUUUGGGAAUCACUACCGGGUUGUCAGGAAUCCUUGGCAUACCAGCACCAAACGGGUUAAUCCCUCAAGCUCCCCUCCAUUCCGACUCGUUGGUAAUCCACAACCGUGACGGGAAAGCGGUACUGGUGGUCGANCAAAGAGUUACCAACACCCUUCAGGGCUUGAUCACCAUUGUGAUGAUGACUCGUCCAUUUUUGGUGGUUCUUGGACUCAUUCCACAAGCAGUGUUGGCUGGAUUGUUUUUCGUAAUGGGAAUCUCAGGCUUGAAUGAUAACAUCAUCACCAACCGCAUCAGGUAUGUGUUCUUGGACAAGGAGUACAUCGAGAACGACCCUUCAUGUCCUGCCGUAUUCACUGAAAUCCACGCCCUAAACCCCAACAAAUGGUACUACAUAUUUUUGUUGCUUCAAAUAGUGGCAGCCAUGGCUGAAUUUGCCAUCACUUGCACAAAAGGGGCUGUCGGAUUUCCAGGGGUGUUGUUAUUCUUUGCUAUUUGUGCCAAGUGGAUUUGGCCCUUAUUUAUUCCUCAACAGGAGCUCAAGAAGCUCGAUGGUGAGGUCGCAGACGAGUUCAUCAUCAAGAGUCUCCGAAUUGUGGAGGAUGCGAAAAGGAGAUACAGCGACGAGGAGAAGCAAGAGCUAAUCUACUCAGCCGAGCAUGAGCCAACCCUGGGAGUUGAUAGUCCACUAUAAUCAUUUGCAUACAAAAAACGAUUGAAUACUGGAAUACCUUUUUCUUAAUCAAACAGGUCAAUAAUUGGACCCGAGUAACAAGUAUUUAAUAUUUAGUAUCAAUACAAACGUCAGA